GAACAUUGAUUGUUGGUAUUCCGAGGCACUCGGUUUCGUACAUCCGAGUCAAGUGCUCACGAUUCCAAGAACCUGCAAGUCGAUGGAAAAGUUUCUUUGAAUAUUCUGCCCUCGAUCCGAUUGAUGACAAUUGACCGGCAUUCUGGUUGCCAGUGUCAACGAUGGACUACAAUCGCCGUAUGCUGUGUGAAUUGUGGAGUAUUUUUGGGAAACACGAGCGGCAUCACAGCGCACUAUAUUCAUGGAAAAUGUUAAUCUGCGGCGGCCCGGUCAACACGGUACCACCUUGCAUGUAACAUAAGUAAGAAAAUGUUUAGUGUUGGACCUUCCGAGUGCCGUGGAGUUCCUGUUGCCUGUGUUGCAAAUAAGCUAUGGUAUAGAUCGCAAUUUGUCAAUGUUAUUGGAGUUCGACUCUUGUCUGCACUCGGCUCGCUUCUGCUUUGGUGGUGCCCAAUUUUGACUCGGCAGACGAUUUGCCUUCAAUGGAUAUUUCAGACAUUUGAGGAUGCCUUCGACAAAUAAUAUUCUUUGGCAUGAGGUUUAGCUCCGAAUGACAAACAUGGCAAAUGCAAUCUUGAGCAAGAGGAUGAUGAGAUUAAUGAGGAUGAGGAUGAGAGUUGGGAAUGAGAUUGGCCGGAACUCUUUGCCAGCAUACAACGGGAAACAAGUUGAUCCUGAGGUCGACAAGCUGUUUACGCAGCAGAUGCCACCUACACCUAAAGCAUCGCAGAGUCUUCAUGGGGGCUCCAAGUCUGAAGCAUCUCUUUUUCUGUCAGACAACUCCAAAAGGGCCUUGGAGAAGAUUCGAGAUCUGAUGCGUGACGCCAUUCAAAUGAAGAAAAAUGAAUUACCUGAUUUGACUCUAUCUAAACUUCGUGAGGAGUAUCUGAAACUGGAUUGGGAAAGUCGUCAGAGAGCACUGCUGGUGCUCGCAACCCAGUUUGGGGUUGACAGGAAACGUGUACAUGAUCUUAUAAGUCAUUACGAAAGCUUGAGUACGGAUGGUGGGGAAGAAAGUGACGCUGCUGAGGCUGCGCGCUAUCGUACCGAGCAUGAUUUGCGCUCUGCACUCAUGCCUCUUUCAGCACGAUUGUUUGAGCAGAUGAAUGGGCAAGCUGGUGGUUUGAAGUUCUUAGUGGACCUCCGUGCAGACUUAAUUGCCACUGUCAAAGAAAAGAACCUCGCAGCGCUCCGUGCACUAGAUUCAGAGCUUAAAGGGAUGUUCGCAACAUGGUUGGGACCUGCGUGCUUGGAAUUGCAGCAGAUUACCUGGGCUAAUUCGGCAGCUUUAUUGGAGAGGAUUGUCGUUUACGAGGCCGUCCACCCAAUCAGCAAUCUUUAUGACUUGAAACGAAGACUUGGUGUUGGUCGGCGCUGUUAUGGAUAUUUUCACCCUGCUAUCCCAGGUGAGCCUCUUGUGUUUAUCGAGGUGGCACUUACGAAUGAGAUUGUUGGAUCCAUACAGAAUGUUCUAUUUGAGGAGCCUCCCAUAGCAGAAGAAGAGGCAACAACAGCCAUUUUCUACUCGAUAUCAUCUACACAGACAGGUCUUGCAGGUAUAGAUUUAGGCCAUUUCCUUAUCAAGCGCGUUGUGAGACUAUUACGACAGGAGAUUCCCAACAUCCAGACGUUUGUGACGUUAAGUCCAAUUCCAGGAUUUCUGAAAUGGCUCUUACCGAAAUUGAAGUUGCAAAUAAGAUACGCUCAAGUCGGAGCAGAAGAUAUUAUAGAAAUGAGUGACCCUCCAUCAACUACCUUCAAAGAGAAUUUGUUGUUGCCCGAGGAGGAGAGUAAUCUAGUCGAGGCAUGCGGGAAGGACAAGGAAAGUAUUUCGGGGAUGCAGAUUUUGCACGAUCUGCUAACUUCUUCAGAUCACGAGUGGGCGAAGUCAGCCAAGUUGGUAGAGGUCUUACGGGCACCCCUUAUGAGAUUGUGUGCCAGGUAUCUUAUUGUUGAGAAGAAACGAGGUCGGGCCUUGGAUCAAGUAACAAAUUUUCAUGUCCGCAACGGAGCUAGCGUGGAGCGGUUGAACUGGAUGGGUGAUACGUCAAUCAAGGGUUUAGAAACAAGUGCUGGCAUUAUGGUGAACUACAUUUACAGGUUGGAGAAUAUAGAUACGAAUAAUCAGGCUUAUUUGAACAAAGGCAUCAUUGCUGCAUCGCCUGCCAUAGAGCAAUAUCUGCAGUCUCGCCUGUAAGGGGCAAUAUAUAGAGUAAGCUUGAGUGUGGGGCAGUUGUUUCUCAUCUCCGAUAGUAAUUUUACCGAGUACGAGCACCCUGCGCACAUUGUACAUUGGACAUUUCUUGCAAGUUGUUUUAUAAAUUUGUCAUUUUCGAUGAAAAUUCUUAUAAAUGAAGAAAGAACGGCUUGCAAAUGGAUCACAAGGCUUCUCUCAGCUAUUCUACCUUGAAUGGUGAUUUGUUACCCGAACAUGAAGCAGCAAGUGUAAGG